CUUCCCCUGCCCCUUGUACGAAAAGGUGCCUCUUUCCCUAGCACUCAGCCUAGAAUAAUCUCAGAGGUUGCACAAUUUAAGCCUGACAUAAUUCAUGCAUCAUCUCCUGGUAUUAUGGUAUUUGGUGCACUCGCCAUUGCAAAACUAUUGUCUGUGCCUAUUGUGAUGUCUUAUCAUACCCAUGUUCCAGUAGCAGCUGAUCUUACAUUGGUGCCAUCAGCUGCCCUUGGAAAGGAGCUUGAAGAGGCUAAUGUGACAACAGGUGAAAAUAAGCAUCUUCCACUCAGUGAAUCACUCUCUGCAGCUGAGCUUUACUGACAUGAUAACAACAACAAACUUUAUACUUCUGCACAAUAUGCAUUUUUCUUGGUGUUUUAUUUUUGCAAGCAUCUAAUUCACUUGGCACUUUUUAUCUACAUAUCCUUGAUGUGAGAAAUGUUUGUUAUAUAGCUCAAUAUUAAUGUCUAUACAGCUAUAUCAAUGCUAAACUGCUGCUAUUUCUGUUCCUAUUUUCAGCUAACAAAAUUCGUCUCUGGAAUAAAGGCGUUGAUUCCGAAAGUUUCCA